AUGCAAUUCGUAUUAAAAGAUUUAUUACCUGUUGUAAUUAACAUUAAAAAUGGUGAAACGGUUCAUCAGCGUGUCUUGCUGAUUUAUGGACGAGCGGGUCCACGUGAUGUGAAAUUUCAAUCAAACAUCACGGUUGAACAUCAUGCGACCAAUUUUCCAUCCACCACUUGGCCGGUUUUUAAUUCUCACUUCAAAUGUUUAGUACAUCUUGACCCCGGAUCUAAUGAUAUCAAACUCAUCCUUGAUAAACAGGGUAUACAAUUUUCUCAUGAUUCCGAACCACUAACAACGAUACUUCAAGUGAAUUAUAUCCCAUUAUUACAAAAUCCUCCGUUACAUCUGGCGAUCCUCGUGGCAAAGGAUUCCAAAGAGGUGAUUGAUGCUCCAAAAGAGAAAGAAAAAAGUGGUGAAAAUAAAUUAGAAUCUGUCAUAGCGAAACUUCGUUGUGCCGGUUAUUUAUGGCAAGCAUUUACGGCAGAGCAAAUGAGUCGUAAUGAAUUUGGGAGGAGGGUGUUUAGAUUGGAAGAAGAAUGGAUAGAGGACACGCUUUCCAAUCAAAAACCUGGAUUAAGACAAACGGCAAAAGUUCAUAUCAUUCGUAGUUCUUACACGUUAGAACAAAUUUUAGAUCCGGAUAUAGCUCAACAAAAUCCCAAUAGGAAUGAUGAUAAAAAAGAUUUAUACUCCAUGUUCAUGGAUGGGUUAAAAGAAUAUGGGGUACCAUUCAAUAAUCAGUGCUACGUCGCGGGAUUAAUAUUAGAUUCUCACUAUGAAAACUCACAUGACAUGAAGUUGGUCAGAGGUCAUGCCGCGUUAGGAGGUGGCGGAGGUAACCUUCAAUUAGGAAUUUUUGGUAGUCAUUUGACUCACGCUUGGCCAAGACAUCUGGAAGAAGUUGUUGAUUGCUUUCAAGAUGAUACCAUAACCGAUGAGACUAGAUUAUCCAACGAUGUGGGAGAAUCUGGAACCUGGUGGAAAUGUUGUAAUGUCGGAAUCGGAGCCUUCUUGCAUGAAGUUGGACAUUGUUUGGGAGCGCCUCAUUCACCCAGUGGAAUCAUGGCACGAGGGUUUAACAAUUUAAAUCGUACAUUCACGGUUAAGGAACCAAAUAAUCCUUCGCCAAUAACACCGUCCGAUGAGAAUGGUGCGCAUUGGCAUCGAUGUGACAUCAUAAGGUUUAGAUAUCAUCCAUGUUUCCGUUUGCUUUCAGAUCCACCAUUAUCGACCGAAUUUAAAAAUCUCAGUGCGGACUUUUGGCUCUUAAAUGAAUUUAUAUUAAUUAAAUCCCCUUCAGGUAUUUCAUUGAUUGAAUUUCACGUUGAAGAAUCACUUAGGGAUUAUAUAGAAUACGUUCAUGAUGAUAAUCAUCAAACCGAGGUUCGAUUAAAAAUCUCCGAAAUCAUUGAAAAAUAUGAAAAAUAUGAUGACAAUCGUGUCAUUAAAUUGAAUGUUAUAUCCAAGAAUCAAACCGAACAUUCCUUAAGUAACUUACAAAGAUUCUUGAGAGAAAGUAAAAUGAUUUUACCCAUAUAUGGAGAGGUAAUUAAAUCCCCUUAUUUGGGAAAACUUGAUGAAAGGUUAACCGAAUUUCGAGUUUUUUUUAACAAAUUUAUCGCCAAUGAAAAUGAAUCGGUUAAAUUAAAGAGAAUGGUUGUUCAAUAUGAUUAUUACAUUAAUGGGAUCACAUUCUUUUGGUCCGAUGGUACACAUUUAUCCGUUGGUAAAGAUCGUGGUAAUAAGAAAGAAUUUAGAUUUAUGGAAGGAAACGAAGAAAUUGUGGAAUUAAAAGUUAAUUCCGGAUGGUAUAUUGAUGGAUUUGAAAUCAAGACCAAUUUGGGUAGAAGUAGUGAAUGGUUUGGUAAACAUGGUGGGGAUGAUCACAUCUUAAAGGUGCCUAAUAAUCAUGAAUUUGAAUCGAUUGGCCUUUAUGGUACCGGUGAUGAUUUUGUUAAUACUUUAGGACUUAUUUAUAAACUUAAGUGA